AUGCCGGUACAUCUUCUUGCAUCGGCAGUGUCGUCCGCCGUGCCCACCGAGUACUGGGCCUCAAUCGCCGCCUCGCUCGUCGCCAUCUCCUUCCUCAAGACCUGGUCGCAGGGCGUCAAGCUGCUCGACCCGCCCCCGCCGCCCACAUCCUCCUCAACCAACUCUGCGCCUAUUUCGCCCUCGCUCGAUGCACACUUGAACGACCUGCACGGCCGCGUCGUGCUCGUCGCCUCGGGCGCCUUUACGCCGCUGGGCGUCGUCACCAUCUCGGCACUCGCCCAUCGAGGAGCACAGAUCAUCGCGCUCGCGCCGGAUAUCUCGUCGCCGGACGUGGUGCAGCUCGUGCACCUCAUCCGCGACUCGACGCAGUCCGAGCUGGUGUACGCCGAGCAGUGCGACAUUGCGAGCCUCGAGAGCGUCUCGGCGUUUGCGGCGCUCUGGAAUGCAGGCGACAAGAAGCAGCAGCAGGGUAUACGCAGACUCGACUCGCUCAUCUUUCUCCCGCCGUCGAGGGAGGAGGUGCGCACAUUGCAGGCAACAGGUGUGGGGAUGGCGCAGGCGAUCUAUCAGCUGCACGUGCUCGCACGGUUUCACCUGGUGAAUUCGUUGCUGAGCAGUCUGCUUGUGCUGCCGCCCGAGCGCGAGGUGCGCAUCGUGUCGGUGGUGUCGCCGUUCUACGCGGCGGGUGCGAAUCACUUUGACCUGCUCACCACCGGCACUGCUACAAAGCCCAAGGGAAAGCGCAAGGCUACGCCGACAAUCAAGACGCUGGCGGAGGGGAGCUAUUCGGCGCUGGUGGGUGCGGCGUCUCUGCGAUGGUACGCACUGAGCAUCGAGCUGCAGCGUCGCCUCGAUCUGCUCGCCGAAGCCGAUCCGCGUCCACGCACCAAGCUUCCCGGCAUCGACGUUUCCUCUGCCCGACCCACUGCCUCAACGCCGCACACGCAUAGCAACAUUGCCGUCAUCAAUGUAUGCCCGGGCUUUGAACGCAAUGCCGACAUCAUCGACACCUUCCUGCCCCCUCCCUCCCCAUCCUCCUUCCCACCGCUGUACUUUGCGAGAGCUGCGUUGCGCAUGGUGUUGGUGUUGGUGGUGUGGCCAGUGGUGUGGCUGUUGGCCAAGUCUGCAGCAACCGCAGCGAAUAGUGUCGUGUGGGCAACAGCGCGAAAGCUUGAUGGACAGGCACGCACCCAUCCCAUCCUCAACAACGCCUCACCAGCCCAUGCGAGGUUUGGCCUGUACGAACCCCUCGUACCGGCGGAGCUGUACAGAGAGGCAAGGAUCGUUCGUCCCACCCUACCGGCGAGACUCGAUCCCAACAGCAAAGAUGCACGUCACAAUUGGGCCCAAUUGUGGCAGCACGAGGAACACCUCUUGGAGCACAAGGUCAAGGCCAAGGGUGGAAAGAUCAAACGUCCCCAAGUCUAG